CAUUUUUGACCAUCGAUUAACCUUCGUACCUCUCAGCAAAGAAAAAGAAAGAAAUAAAAUAAUGAGAAAAGAAAGAAAAUAAAAGAGGAAGUUGCUUUGUUUCAUCACAACUACCGUUUACAGUUACUACAAACUUUUUCACGCAAAUUACAUUAACAAUUUCACAUUCAUAUAAUGCAAAACUUAAAUCAUGCUUGUCGUGAUACACCUCCCACAAAAAUGGAGGUAAUUAACUCUGAUUAUCAGAGAUUAGACCAUAAUUCUACUCAAAUUGAUGAAGAAACUCCUCAAGUAGUACCAAAUUCUCUUCCCAAAAAUCAUAAUCAGAUCCAAAAUCAUAAUAAUUAUGUCAAUCGUAGAUGGGUAAAUUCACGAUCAACAUGGCUGAUGAUUGUUAUCGGUGCUUUAAUAGCAGUUUCCGUUAUUGCAAUUAUCAAACAUUUCGGUCCCUCUUUCAUGAAGAAGAAGGUUAUUCCGGCUGUACAUUGGUUGGUAGAAUCUUGCAGCCAUCUGGAGUUAGCAUCUGUUGUAUUUGCUGCAAUAGCAUUGUUCCCUAUUUUACUUUUGCCAACCGUUCCCUUCAAGUGGAUUGCUGGAAUGAUUUUUGGCUACGGGAUUGGCUUCUUGCUGAUCACGGCAGGUGUAGCUGUGGCUGUGAGUUUGCCCUACGUCAUUGCUUCCUGUCUAUUUCUUCACAAGAUUGAAAAUUGGUUGGAUAAGUAUCCUGAAAAAGCUGCACUCGUAAGACUUGCUGGUGACGGUGAUUGGUUGCAUCAGUUUCAAGCGGUUGUUCUGUUAAGACUUUCCCCAUUCCCAUAUGUGAUAUUCAACUAUGUUGCUGUUGUUACUGGGGUCAAAUAUAGUCCGUAUCUUGCAGGAACACUGAUAGGGAUGGUGCCUGAGAUACUUUUCGCAAUUUACAGUGGGAGGAUGUUACGGACAAUGGCAGAAGCAAUGGAGGAACAUACACAUGUUUCGAAAUUUCAGAUGAUGUUUGAUGGAAUUGGUUUCUGUUUAGCUGCAGCAUCUACCAUUUCCAUUGGAUUUUAUGCAAAACAGAAGCUGGAAGAACUUAAAGACAUGCCGGUGCAACAACAGUUACAGUAGUGUCCUUACAAGUUCCACAUACUUGUAUGUUGCUUGUGCUACUCCUACACUGUACUUGUGAAUUCAUUGAGAGAUAGGAAAGAUUGUCAAAAUAGUUCAUAUUCUCACAAUGUGAAUACUUUUACAUGUAUCCAAUAGCCCUAUACAUUUUUGAUCCACUAGUAAUCGAUUUGUAUAGGGUUCUCAAAAUGUACAGUAAAGAACAAAAUAUAUAAUGAUCAAUAAAAGAAGCUCAUUGCAUUUUUGUUUUCUA